CGUAUCACUGUCACGAUCACAUUUUUUUUUUUUGACGCGCAUCGUGUAUAUUUAUAUUAUAUAAUAUUUACUCGAUAUCGGGUGGCCAGUAUUUUCGGUUGUUUUCUCAUAAAAUUUCUCGACCAUCAUUAUCGGCAGCCAGCAUCACUAUGAUCAACGUUUUCGGUGCCGUGAAAGAUCUGCUGAAGUUGGACGCCGUGUGCAUCGACAACAACGUGUUCCGGCUGCACUACAAAGCGACCGUCGUCAUGCUCGUCACGUUCUCGUUGAUCGUCACCGCCCGGCAGUACGUCGGUGACCCGAUAAACUGCAUGGUGGACGGUGUGCCAAAUCAAAUCAUGGAUUCGUAUUGUUGGAUACACUCGACGUUCACCGUGACCAAAAAGAUCGGCGGCCGCGUGGGCAAAGACAUCAUUCAACCUGGCGUCGGGCCCUACCGGGAGGGCGAAGACGUCGUCAAGUACCACAAGUACUACCAGUGGGUGUGUUUCGUUCUGUUCUUCCAAGCCCUGUUCUUCUACGUGCCCAGGUACAUAUGGAAAAUAUUGGAGGGCGGCCGCAUACGGGUACUGGUCAACGGCCUCGACGACGUAAUGAUCACCGAAGAGCAAAAGGCCAAAGGCAUUAAACUGCUGGUGGACUACUUCGCCGACAACUUGUACGCGCACAACUUCUACGCCGUUCAGUUUUUCGUCUGCGAGCUGUUGAACUUUUUCAACGUCGUCGCCCAAAUGCUGUUCCUCCACUACUUUUUCGAAGGCGAGUUCGCGCGGUACGGUCUCGACGUUUUCCGGUUCACCGACUUGGAGCCCGGCGAACGGGUGGAUGCCAUGUCCCGGAUAUUUCCCAAAGUCGCCAAGUGCACGUUCGAAAGAUACGGGUUUUCCGGUACCAUACAAAAGUUCGAUGGCUUAUGCUUGUUGCCGCUGAACAUAGUCAACGAGAAAAUCUACGCGUUCCUGUGGUUCUGGUUCUUGUUCAUUGCCGUGAUCAGUGCUAUCAACAUGGCGUAUCGUACAACUGUCAUAAUAUCAUCCCGGUUCCGUUUGGUGUUGUUGAAAAUGAAAUCUCGCCUAUGUCGUCAGGAUGAACUAUCCACAAUAGUCGAACAUUUCCAGGUGGGCGAUUGGUUUGUUUUAUACCAGAUAGGUAACAACUGCAAACCCAGGAUAUUCAGGGAACUUGUAUCAAAUUUGGCUACCUUGCAAUUUAACGACAAUGAGGACGUUUAAAUUCAAUUUGGUAAUAAUUUAAUAAUUUAAUUGAUAUCAAUAUAUAUUUUCAGUAUGUAUAGCUAUUUUUAAAAUUGCCUCAAUAUAAUGUAUAAUGUAUAUCGAUAAGAAAAAAAAAUCUCAUUAACUAUUCCUAAAAAAUUAUAUUGUAUCUAUUUUCUAUAUG